GCUGAUGGUCGCUUCGGAACCGGUGAAGAACAAGUGUCCAAAAGUGCAUGCUGCAUGUGGCUGGAUGCUGAAACCACCUUACAAAGCAGUCAGAUAAUCGAAAUACUCGUGUAUUAUGACAGAACUAAAGAAAUAGGUGGAGCACAAUGCCUCUGAAGAUCAAGCUGCCCCUUGAUACCAGGAAGCAGACGUUAUCGUGCCAGAACUGCCCUUACACAACGAAAAACAAGACCCAAUUUGAGGAACAUGGAAGGGACUGUGACAGAGUUGUUGAAGAUAGAUUAAACAUGGAUGUGAGCAGAGGUGAAGGAUAUAAAGUGGAGGAUGACAGUGGAGUCGGAAUGGUUAACGGCGGUAAAGUAGAGAAUGGAUGCAAUGGUGCUGAUGAGUCUGAGUUAAGUAUCGAUGAAGGUAGCUCCAUCAAUGGCGAGGAAUCGAACGAACAUAAAGUUGUCGUCCGCCAUUAUACAUGUAAAUCAUGUGGCUUUCAGACGACUACCUCGAAAACUUUCUUGUUUCAUCAACGUCAUGAGCACCAGGCAGAUUUUGAUAUCUUUCCGUGUGAUAUUUGUGACUAUGCAUCGAAGUGGAAAUGUAAAGUGAUACGGCACCGUGAGAUGAUUCAUCGAAGCGCGCCUCAUAUGGCUAUGCAGGAUUAUGCAAAGUUGAAGUCACCACAUCGUGUGUUUGGAAAACCUGGUCCUAAAAUAGAUGGCAAGCCACGCAAGACUCCCCUGAGUAUGGUACCCAUUCCUGAUAUGAUUCCCAUUCCGAAGAUCAAAAACCUCAAGAAAGGAUUGGAUGGAAUUAUGCCUCUGACGCAGUUAAAUGGAUCUAGUCUAAUUGGGGAGAAAAAGAAAAAGAAGGGGGUUAAGAGGAAGCUAGAUCAGGAAGAAACCGCACCUGUUAAAAAACGUGUCACGGAUGGUCGAUCUCAACCGCGAAGUAACUUUCUGCAAUUUAUGGAACUUUGUAGUACAGAUGGUCAAGAACCGCGCUAUAAAUGUAAACUCUGUUUCUAUUCAAAUCUACGCAAGUGGCAGAUCCGUCAGCAUAUCAAGGCUCGUCACGUUAAUGCCAAGUCGUUUACUUGUAAUAUUGGUAAAUGUACAUUCUCGACCUACAAGAAAGCAGAAUUCUUUGCUCACAAGACAAAGCAUAAUCAGGUCACUUUCGAAUGCGAAGAAUGCGAAUAUGUUACAUUCUUAAAGCCAAAUCUUGACCGUCAUAAGCUCAAUCAUGGUAUGUUGGGGGUCCCAUACAAAUGUAGCUUGUGUAGUUAUGCAUCUGCAAAAGAAGCAGCCGUGAUGCGCCACAUCCAAGAACAUCAUCUCGCAAAAGAAAAACAAGUCGUUACUAUUGAUGGACAGCCAGUACAACGCUCAAAGCCCCGCUCAAAGAAGAAACAUAAGGCAGUCAAGCUCCCAGUUACGACAACGGACAUGGUAAACAAUGGUAAUACAUCACCAUCAGAUAUGAAGGAGACAACUCUGGAGACGUUUUACGCUCAACUUAGGGAUGCUGUGGAUGGAUCUAGUUCGGCGAGCAAGGGGUUGUACGUUACUGAUGGAUUUUAUGAUCAGCAUGAGAUGUCUCCAUCUGUUAUGUCAGAUUAUAAUGAUGUAGGCCGAGAGGAGGGUGCGCAGAAGGAAGACUCGAGUGAUGCUAUUGGCGACACUGCCUUCAUGUGCCCAGAGUGCGGCUUCGCAGCAAAUAGUGUGGCAAAACUAGACAAACAUAUGAUGACUCAUGGUUACAAUAUGGAGUUGAACGAAAUUGAACAGCCGGAGCAGAAACAAACACCUGAACCCCAGGUUUUUGAACAUAAGCCAGAAGAACCAAAUGUUCUGAGAUUCCUGGAGGAAGAUUUUGGGAGAUAUAAUGAAGAAAGCAUUGUCAGAAGGUCGGUAGCUGAAUAUUUUGAAACGAAUGGCACUGAUUCUGAAUUGAGUAACUUCAAAGCCUCCGAUAAUAGUUUCUCAGAGGACCAGGCGUCGGUCGAUUGUCCGUCUGCAGAGCAAAAUGCCUUAGUCAGCACUAAUGGGGAUAUAGUCUGCAGCAUCUGUGGUUACGUUGCAGUGACGAUGACGCGGCUAAAAGGUCACAUGGUAUCCCAUAGUAAUGACUUCAAGUACACAUGCGACUUGUGCCCUCGGAAAUACAAACGGUCAUCUGAUUUGAACUAUCACAUGAAAAAAGCUCAUAAUAUCCGUUUGCGGGAUUAUCUUCAGGGCUCGAAAGAGCAAGAUGAACCGUUAAACUUGUCGAUGCGCUCAAACACCAGCAAUGACAGCAGUAUUGAUACUGAUAUGCCCGAACCUAUGGAUUUCAUCGAGGACGGUCCGCUACCUGAAGAUAACGAUUUCAGGGAACAGCCAUUAGAUUUAUCGCAUCACACUGGUUUGGAUGAAGAGGAGCUUAUUGGUGCCGAUAUGCAAUGUCCGCAGUGCCCGUAUGUUGCGAAAUGGCCAAGUGACAUGCGACGCCACCAAUUGGUACAUACUGGUGAUCGUAGACAUAGGUGUCACCUGUGUCCCCGUUCCUACAAAUGGCAAGGUGAUCUGAAUGUUCAUAUGAAGAAAUGUCACGAUCGGGUUGAGAAGUCCGUAAGUCCCAUACCGCCUCCUCCUGCUCCUCUACUGAAAACAUUCCAUACUCAAAAUAAAGCACGGAAAGGUGUGGCAGGCGAGUAUCGGUGCCGAUAUUGCAACUACAUCGCUAAGUACACGUCGGAACUCAUGCGGCAUACCAGAAUUCAUACCCAUGAAAAACCUUAUAGCUGUUCAUUUUGCCAGUACGACACUGCUUGGAAGGGUGACCUGAAACGCCAUAUUGAGAAGCAUCACGCCGAUCGCUUACAGGACGAGAAAGCUAUUUACAACAUUCUACAAGAUAUUGAGCGCGAGGUGACAGAGACGUAUUGCUCUGAUUACCUUCCGCAAGAAUCGGAUGCAACCAGUGUCAUCAGCGAUGACAGUGAACCGCUUGCUUCUUCAACACCUCAAAAGGUGGCACUGUCAGCAGACAGAAGGGAAGAGGAUUUUGUCCCAGAAGCAUUCCAGCCGAAGUUGGAAGCAAGAAAUGAUGCUGCUGACCCAUGUCUUUGCAAAAUCUGUGGAUGGAGAGCUCCAAUGCCAUCGAAACUUCACAUGCAUCUUGUUGCACAUGACAAUAUCAAAGUCUACAAAUGUACAAUUUGUGGUUUCCGAACCAAUUGGGUUUGGGACACCAGGAAGCAUGUCCGCGCUAAGCAUGGCCUGUCGGACCCGGGGCCCUACUGUCUUAAAAUGAAUGAGGUGGAAGCCCGUGCUUCAAUUGCAGCUUACCUUGAAACAAGAGAACGUCCCGGACGAACCAUGAGCACAUUAAACAAUAAUAACAACAUUGAAAAGGAGUGGGUGCCGGCUAAACCCAUCUUAGGUGUCCCGAUCAAGUUGGAAAAGGAUAUUGGGAAUGCAGGGAUGAAAAGUACGUCGCCUCAUCAUGGUUACGCCCGCCCUUUCAAAUGCUCGGCAUGUCCACGACGCUCCAACUGGAAAUGGGAGCUGAAGAAGCAUAUCAAGCUUGUUCAUGAAGGACAGGCACAGAUUGUCAUUCUGAGCCGUGAGGAGGCGUUGGCGACACUCCCACCUGGCCUGACCCCUGGCAUGAAACUGAAUAUUGGCGAUAGUGUUAAAGUUCCAGAGAAACCGAAACCAACGAUUUUGAAGACACCAUCUGCUGCUUCAGUUUCAGCAUUAUUCCAUUCACCAUCUGGGAAGCCGCUGCCAAUUACAAUUCCACCGUCUACACCCUCACCAGCGAAGUCAUUCAUAUCUGUGGUAUCUACCCCAUCGCCAUCCGUUUCUGGCAAAGGUAGCAACCAAGUUGAUCAUGAUAAGUCUAAAAAAUUCAAAUGCUCUAGUUGUCCAUAUAGGUCGAAUUAUCGUAGCGAUGUUCAGAGACAUGUUUACAAUAAACAUCGCAAGGCGGGAGAAGUUAUCAUUCUUGAUAAGGAGACUGCACUGGCUACUUUACAAGACUAUCUUGAUACAUUCCCUGGGAAGAAAUUCAUGGGUCGGUCGAAAAGGUUGAAAUUAGAGAAGCAAAUGGAGGGGCUCAAUACGGGGAAUGGCACAAAAGAUUUGGACAAAUGGAAAUGCAAUAAGUGUGAUUUUCGCCAUUCUGAUCGUGAUGCAGUUAUAGAACAUCUCUCCCAACAUUCCAGUCCGAAAGCCGUGUUGUAUUGCUGUAAGAUUUGUCCGUAUUCCAACGAGAUGUGCAGCACCGUCCGCCGUCACAUUCGUAGCAUCCAUGAACUACCAGACGAAGGCAACUUUUUCCUGAAUGAAGUUGAAGAACAUCCUGCCAUGACCUUUGGGAAAGCGGAGCCCAAGAUUGAAAAGAUUACUGACAUGUACAAGUUUGAACCAGAUGAGAACAUUGAGCUGCCACCAGGUGAAGGAUUUGUUGAGAAACGAUUCCGUUGCAAACACUGCGGAGCUCGGUCGAACUGGAAAAAUGCAAUGUAUCGUCAUAUCCGUGAGGUCCAUAAUCUAACUUCAUAUAACCUGAUUGAAGAAUUGACUGAGGGGCCAGAUGGGUUGGUUUCAAUUCCGCACAUCCCACGUGGAGAAGCUGCUCCAAUGGUUUUUCCGUAUAAGUCACCUGAUUGUAAUGCUACCAGUACCAAGGAUGUAGAGAGUUUGGCUGGCCAACAAGAUAUGUUGUUGAAUAUGUCUUAUGGAGUUGGCAUGGCUAUGAAUGGGGAUCACAACUGGAAUGGUGACCAAAGCAAUGCUGGGGAGAGUUCAAGGUCAGAUGGAGGACAACAUGAAGGUCAGAAUGACUGGGACAAAGAACCAGCAGACUCAAAUUGUGGAAAGAAGGCAUCCAAGGGCAAGGGGAGUGGAUCCAAUGAAGGCCGUUCGGAAUCUAAUGCAGGACAGGGUGGUGCAUGCGGAGGGCCGAAUGAGCGAGGUAAAGGUGAUAGUGGGGCUGGUGGCGGCCAGGAUGGCGAUGGAAAGAAACCUGAUGGUGAUGGCAAAAAAAAAGGAAAGAAGAAGAAGAAGAAAAAGAAAUUAGAAAAGGAGAAGAAAGGCAAGGAAAAGAAAUCAAAGAAAGAAAAGAAGGAGUCCAAGCAGCUGACGUUAGAUGAUUUGACCUUUUCUAAGGUCAAGGACAAGAGUGGAGCCCUGGAUAAGAAAAUGGAGCAGGAGAAAUCUGACUUAGAAAAGGAAAUGCUGAAGACUCUAAAGCCAAAGAUUGCACUUGAGACGAAGGGCGAAAUAUACAAGGAGGGGAAGAUCUACAAAUGUAGCCUCUGUCCGUAUAAUACGGUGAAGUCACAAAAUGUACUGAUUCAUCAGCGAUUGCAUGUGAAGAGGCCUGGGCAUGAUGUCAAGUGUCCCCAUUGUCCAUAUUACGUUGCACUACCGAGGUUCUUGAAACAGCACUUGAAGUGUCAUACAGUGAGUAGUGGAAAAACUGAAACAGCACUGAAGGAGAUGAAGCCAUCAGACAAAGAAAUGGACGGUGAUAAAACAAGCCCCACUCCUAUGGAGGUUGAAAAUGGGGAAUCAGAAAAUAUUUUCCAUGUAGAAGUGAUCAAGCCAGGGUCGAGUAAAGACAAGGAGGAAGUUGUUCGUGUUGAGGUUGAGAAACCAACAAAACGAAGUAAGGCUGCCAAGGAAAGCUCUGUGGUUGCAGGAACUACGGAAAGAAUAGGACAAGAAUUGAAUCCAGAAGUGGAAAAACCAGCCAAAAGUAGGAAGUCAUGCGGCGAUGAUAAUACUUUUGUCUCGGACUUCAAUCGUAAGAUGUACGACUGCUCGAUGUGUCCCUAUUUUUCAAAAAGCAAGGCUGAUAUGCUCUACCACAAGCAGUUUCACCGCAAGCGGGCCCUCGUCAAGUAUAAAUGCCAACAUUGUGACUAUUGGGCAAUGCAUAAACGAGUCAUCUCGCAGCAUGAGAAGCUCCAUAAUCCAACAUGGCGUACUAACAGGCUCAAGACACUGAAACAACUCCUAGUGAAAGACUCCGAAAAGAAAGCUGCACCACCAGCAGUCGUGCCACCAUCUGUCCAAUCGUCACCUGCUAAGUCUGAAGUCUCGGAGCGAUCAUAUUAUGCCGACUAUGAUCCGGUCGAUAUUGCAAGUAUCAAGCAGGAGUUGAUCCUGUCCAAGAUCACUGCUGUCCCGGUGUCUACAUUACCUACAGAAGGGGAGGAGGAAGAAGUAUUGGCAAAAAAGUUGGAGGAUUCGCCGGAGGAGACUCAAGAAGACGAAGAACUUGUUCCCAAAACUGACGCCGAGGAAGCUGUUAUUGAUGUUGAGACUGUGGAUCCACCGGCACAAGAAACUAAAGCUCCAGAGGAACCAAACCCGGGUGUGAGCAGCAUUGAUCCGAAAAAGAAGAAGGUCAUCCCUGUGAAGAAACUGCAUCGAUGCCGCCAUUGUCCAUAUACGAACAUCCGAGGUACUAAUCUCCGCCAACAUGAAAAGAUGCAUGGGUUCCGUGAAGAUGAGCACCUGGUGAAGUGUCCAAAGUGCGACUACCAUGUUGGCAACAAGGGUCUGCUGACACAUCAUCUGAAAGUCCAUGCUGAUAACUACCAGCCAGAGUUCAUUGAGCCAGAUGUCGUUGAUGAGGAAAUAGGUGAUGUAGAUGAACAGCAAGAAGUCCUCCAGCCACCAUCUCUAGAAGCUCCAUUCGCACCCAAACAAGAUGGCGUCCCGUUUGUUGUCAAGUACGAUGAUAUGUUAGAGGAGCACGUGGUCCAGCCAACAAUAUUCAAGAAAUACAGCUGUGAAAAAUGUCCGUAUGGCACAUCGAAGCGGUCCCAGUACGAGAAACACUUCCUCCUGCAUGGAAGCAAACAGAAAUUCACUUGUGAAUUCUGUGACUACAGCGUCCCGCUCAACUCACUCUUGGUGCAGCACAAGAAACUUCAUCUGAUGCCAAAUCAGAAUUUACUAGGUGUGCAGUCCAUUUCGAAUUUACGUAAUUUACCAGAGUUACCAGCAGACGUCGCUGUUGCCAUGGUUGCCGAUGUGGAUGAGGUUCCCCAGGAUCCGAUUGCGCGAUAUUCUGGUACCCAUGAUCAUUUGGAGUUGUUUGAGAAUGGCAUGGAGUAUGAAGAACCGAAAAAACUUUAUAGGUGUGAUCGAUGUCCAUUUACAAAUGUGCGUCGUGACCACUUGCUAACACAUCUAAAAUGUCACAUGAUACGCAGCGAUCUCCAGUGUCCGUACUGUGACUAUAGCGUUACUAAGGAACACCUCUUGACUCAACACGUUAAAGUUCAUUUCGGCCCGUUAACCGUCGAGGAAGAGAUAAUAUUCAAUGGGGAGAAUCGAGCAAAAGUGAAUCAGGAAAAUGGCAUUGAUUUGUCCAAAAAUGGUAACUUAGGACUUUUGAAACCAGACGCUAAAACUAUUGAGAUGGUGACUGAAAAAGUCGAGGAGAAGGAGCCUGAGGUGCCAGAAAAGAUGCCUGUUCCUGUUCCACGUGAAGCAGAAGAGCGCCCCCAUUUGACUGAUCCAAGAGACGAUGAUACAACCGAUGAGUGGCGAUGUCAGUACUGUGAUAGGAAGUUCCCAGCAUCAAGUUCGCUCAUCAAACACGAGAUGCAGCAUUUGAUCGGCUGUCAUUUCUGAAGUUUUAUAGAGAUUGCCUGCCAUAACAAAGCCGUCGAAUCAGCGUAGGUUGAUGCAAACAUUCCAUUCAAACUGUUGCCCAGGAUUCAAGUUCUGUUCCAAGAAUUCUCAAGUUGUUGAAGAGAAAACCCCAAGAAAGCACAAUUUUGGGGGAGUCCUGGAGUGCUCGAAUAUUGAAAGAACUGUGAUGUCAUGAGACAUUAGUUCAAGAAAUUUGUGUCAUUUUGCUUUGGAAGCAUAUAUUAGACUCUUGAGUAAUCAGGGUUUUUUACUAGUCAGAUUGUAUCGAGCUCUUUAUAGCAAUUUUUAGAUAACGAUAUUGUGCUGAUGCAUUUUGUAGUGUUAAAGGUUGAUAAACAAGUGAUGGCAUUUCAACACGAAGGUGAUUCUGCUCAUUUCAUGAUGUGUAAAUGGAUGGAAUGAAAAAAGAGUUUACAACUCAAAAUUCAGUCUUGAUUGCUGGUUAGGCAUGAGGCUUGCUAGAGGAAGAUGUCUGAAAUAACCCAUUUUCCUUUUGUCAAUCGAUGUAAAACAUUAAUGCAUUUCAUAGUGACCAGUACAGAGUUCUUCUGGAAAUAUAAGUUGCAUUGCCCAAUGUGGAUUUUUAAAAACUGCAUGAUAAUUUGGGAUAUUUUCUUUGUCAUGUAUUUAUUUUAUCAAUAAUUGAAACAUCUUGUUGCUGUACAAGGCCACUGUUGCAAAAUUGGGGCAGAAGUCUCUAGCAUUCCUUCCAAAGUUUUUUGUUUGGACUCUUCUGCUUUUGGACUUAAGUUUUGGUCCAAGAAUUUAGAACGAAGUGUGCAUGGUAUUAUGUAGGUGCAAAUUUCAUCGAGGAAAUGGCUAAUUAGCAUUUUGUAUGAGUUGGAUCAGGGUUUGGAUGAUACAUUUAUUAGCAUGUGCAGUGGAAGGCUGCACCGAAUAUAAAUAGUUACGACCUUCUGUGGAGUGUGCGACUCCUCCUUUUAGUUUUGUUUUUGGAUAAAAGAGGGUGCCCAAAUAUCAUUCCAAAGUGUCGUGAAUCUUAGAAAGAUGAAUAUAGAUGAGAUUUGAUUGUGUGUAUUUUGUUGUAUGUUGUGCUAAGAUGAAUGACCAUCAUGAUUUCUUUUGAUUAUCACUUAUAAUGCUGUUGUGUGUAAAGAGUUUGCUCUUCUCAUCUAUCACCAGACUGGGACUGUCGUCAACGUUUGCUGAUCAGUAAACUGUGUGUUUGUAAACAGGGCAGCGUUUUCUAAUGCAUAAGUUGUCGUGACCAGGUGGACUUUGAUACGGUGCUUAAAGGUCAUUUUUAAAAAGCAGAUUUUUAUAAGAAAGUUCAUUAUUCUAGGUCAGGGUUCAAGAGUCGUUUCAAUGUACUGUGAGAUAGGAGAGACCCCUAUUUGUCAACUUUGUGUAACCUAAUCUGACCUACCAGACUCCUGCCUGACUCCCUUUCAAGUGGGAACAUUUUAUGCAGUUGGGGGAGGCCGCCGUACAAGAUAGGAAUAUGAUUAUGAGUUAACAUAGUGGCACCAACAAAAUUUGAUUGCUCUUUCUGUUUCACUGUACAGUCCGUAUUGAUGGUCCCCCAUCAAAAGUUCCCAUUUGAUGUUUCAAAAUUAGUGGCCAAUUUCUGUCAUAUUUUGCUGGGUUAGAAUAGAUACCAAUAGGAACACUUGAUAUUUUUAUUCAGUUCUGAAGUUGAACUUGAGAAACAUGACAAACAAUUUUCGAUCCUAUUUAGGAAAGUGGAUUAUUUCUGAUUUUUGUUGUAAUUCUGUCUACAAUAAUUCAGUGUUUCGAUGUUGAUAAUUUUCUGUUCUUAAUGUUUACAUUUGAUUACAAUCGCGUAGAUCUCAAGUUUUGUUUUGGCUGUAUAGCUUCAGUUGUAAAUAGUGGCAAUAUCUAGCAUUUAUUUUGUGAAAAUGGUCAAUUAUUAUGUAUAUUUUCUGAUUCCUUUGAUUAUUUGACAUUUGUGUGAAAGACAAGUCUAGGUUAGGGUCAUCUGUACUGAAAGAUGAAAUAUAAUAUUUCGUUCAACUGGGCCAUUUUCCUUUGAAAUAGAUUAUAGGUUGUGACUUAGAACAUUUCAUAGAUUAGAUUGUCCAGUAGAUGGGAUUGAAGUAAAAAAAACUUAGGUUUGAUAUUCGAAUGGUCAAACCUUGUACACAUUGCGCUGUCAACUAUGAAAUUUUUGCCUCUCUUAAAGUUGGUAAAUUUGCUCAUUUUCCAUUAUUGGUGGUAGACUAAAGAAUAUGUUUGCUGCUAAAAUUUAUUGUCAAAUACAUUACACUUUUCGUGCUUGUUAAGUCUGUAUCUGACAUUCCUGAAAAUAAAGCACCUACAGUGACCUUACCCUACAUUUGUAAAGUUGUAACUUACAUUAGCUUUUGGUUGUGUGUGCUUAGGAGCUGUCACAGUGAGACAGAUUGCAUUUUAUGGUAACUAGUAAACAAUUGAUUGGGAACUUCAGAAUAAUUCUGGACAUACAUUAAGCCAGUGCUGAUCAGAGCUUGCAUUACCGGUAAUUACACCUUGAACAAGGAAUCACAGUGACCACUGCACAGGCUAUUAGCUGUUGACUUAACAUCCCACUAUGAUUCUUAACAUUCCUUUCUAUCAAUUAAAGAUUUAUGUGUGACAAUUGGUUUAUUUUGACAAAAAAUCAAAUUGACUUAUGAAACAGUUUGUUUUCAGUGUUUUCUAUUGAAAUCUGUAAUAUGAUUACUUCAGUCAGUAAAAUGUUCAGUAAAGAAUUUCCUUGGAGUUUCCAAUCAUUUUGUGCAUUUAGCAUGUAUUUAUAUUUGUAGCCAAUGGUGCGCAAUCUAUGCAUUUUAUUGAUGAAAUAAGAGUCUUGUUGACUGAUAGCCGAAGUAAGCUAUCAAAAUACUGAUCCUUAUAAAUUUUGGUUAUUCAGAUGAAAAAGAUUAUGAGGCCAGAUGUACAAUGUGCAGUUGUUAUGCAUACAAAUUUGCUGAAACUUGGGGUAUAGUAUUUGUAUAUCUGUCUACACUAUGGCAGUGCUGAAAUUUAUAUUCAUUGCGCAAUUGGGAAGUUUCUAAUUCAAUUCCAAAUUUCACACAUGGUGUAGGCCUUCAAUGCUGUGUCAACAAACGUGCAAGUAUUUGUAGUUUUGAUAUUAAUUUUAGGGGGGGGGAAUCAGGUUCUGACAGUUCACCAGCUGUAAUGCUAGCUCUUAAUGUUGUUGCUACUGCCAUCUAUGUUUUGUAGUUGAUAACAUAUGUUACACUUUUUGUUUGCUAUUGGGUGCACUUUUGAUAAAUAAAUGAACCAACAACUUUUGAAUGGAAAGUUUCAAAUUUAUGUAUACAUUGAGAGGGGUAUACAGACUUGAAGAGAUAACAUUUUACUUUGACUAUUUCUUUGAGAGAAAAUAGAUGAAGAUUUUGCUCAAAUAAGUAGGCCUUGGUGACAACCAAGAGAAUCAAGUCAAUGUCAAGAUCACCUUGGGUCAUGGUCAGCUGGACCCUGAUGUCAGGGUCAACUCUGAUCAAGGCAGCUUGAACUGGUGUCACGAUCAAUGUCAGCUUUGGUCUAUUCAGCUUGGCAACGGCUUGACAUGAUGUCAAGGUCAUCUUUGGUCAAGGAUGGCUUGACCUGAUGUCAGGGUCAGCUUUUGACGGCAUCAACCUUGUUUCGGACAGUUGUGGCAUAGAAAUGCACCCUCUUGCUCAUGAACUUUCAUUACAACAUUCCGCAAAAAUACAUUCUUUCAAAUUGAAAAGGGGCAUAUUCCAUUUGUAUACAGACAGGUGUUCCGAAGCUAAACAUUUUCAAAUUCAUUGUGAUUUUUGCAUUCCAAGUAUUCAAAUAAGAUUUGAAUUGUACAUUUUACAAAGCUGCUCUUAGUUCCUGGUAGCGUGAUUAAAUUUGCAUGCAAUGGUUAAAAAGUGAUAAUUUUCUUUUUUUAAACUCCUUGACUAUCCUUGUCAUCUAACAUUAAUUGUUUUCCUCUAAAUGGAGAAAUGAGAUAAUGUGAUUCAUAAGUCCCUUCAGUUACGAAAUUUUCCAAAGCGUUAUUUUUUCUAUGCAAAAAUGUCAUGUGAUUGUUUUGAAAUAACUGACCGGACCAUGCAGUGGAAUCUGCUGCACCAAAAAUGAUGUUUUUGGUACGAAACUUGUUGACCCAGUAUUCCAAAUAUUUGUUAUCAUGGUUACAGAGGCAAAUUAUUUUUGAAUCCAUCCAGAUUGCAGACAGUUUUGUCAAGGUUCUUGUUACAAAAGAAGCUGUUAGGAGGUGUUAGGUAUUGGUAAAAUAAUUGUCCAGUGUUGUAAUACUAAAAUCGCUGAUGCCUCUGAAGAGAAAUAUUUUUCAUCGAAUCCAAUUCCCAAAUGGUAUGAGAUUUUUUUAGCCAAAAGAACAAGUUUAGCUUCACAUGGGUUAAAGGUUAACUGAUUUCAUUGAGAUUAUGGAGCGUAACAUUAACAAGUCAUUGAUAGUGUUCAAAUGGGCAGAAAAAAAGAUACCAUCUUUGGUGUGUAAAAAUUAAUGAUGAUGGUUCACCUAUUCAGAAAUGGGGCGAAUCAAAACAACUUCAACUAGUAUCUCAUGUCAGAGGCUUUCAAUUAAAUUGUGUGCAUUUUCCCUUCUGCAUUUGUUGCCUAAUGCUUCACAUACAUUACUAUUUCUUAUUGCCAUUAUGGGGGGCAUGUGUGGGAACCCACCCCACCUCCUCAAGUCACAACGCAUUUAUCAUUUUACGCAAUAUUCCAGGCUCGCACGUGCAGAUAUCUGUUGCAUAUUAUUGUUGUCAGAUUGUAUCUGAAAAAUCCAGGGAAUGAUAAAGACAUGUCCUUUUAGGCCACAAAAUUCACAAAAUCGUAUAAUCUAUUUUAAAAUACUCUUAAGGAGUUCAAUCUUGUCCCCGAGACCAAAACAGGACUUAUGCAGCUCCUGUUAUUUGAUAUUCUUCUGUCCUUGGGGAGAGGCUGACAAUAUUCAUUAAAGAUCCUUCUUUAUGUGUGACGAAGAUACUGUUAAAUCUGUCAGGAACUGUCGUGAAUUUUAAGAAGCACCUUUUUCUUUGUAUUAUAAACACAUGCUGAGUUUUGCUGUAGAAAAAUGCAACGGCUCCUCACCAGUUUUACAGCAUUGAAAUUUGAGAUACUGUAAAGCUGUCAGGAGCUGCUGUGACCUUCAAGUGGCACAUUUGUUUGUAUAAAAUGGAAAAUGAAGUUGUUGAUACGAAAGUGCUCUGCACUGUUUUAUAGAAAAUUGCAACAGCUCCUGAACGACUUUACAGCAUUGAGGUUUUUAGACUGCAAGACCAGAAGGGUGUGCAAGUCCGUUUUGGUCCAUUUUAUAAACAUUCACAGUGCAUAUUGUACAUGUAUAAUGGAGUCAAUCUUGUAGGCUUUACAUAGGUCAUUGUGUAUUUAUGAUGCUAUGACACAAGA